CAGGUCCAGGCCUCUGAUCAAUCUGUUCACACUGCAGGAUACUUAGGCGGGUGAUCAAGCUGCUGAGCCUGAGCCUGAGGCCUGCACAAUUGUCUUCAUACCAGAUCAGAUUGCCCCAUUCAGAGUGACACGAGGCCUUCAGGGUUUUGCGGGGCUCAGGAAGCUCUAAGUGGCGGUGCGGUGUGCUGGAGCAGCAGUGCGCAUGGCCUUGCAAGCAUACAGGGCGGCGCUCUUCCUUGGGUCUGGAGCUUUGAACUUCACGCGGAAUGCUUAUCUGAAGCAUGCCCAGUCCUUCAGCGAGGCGGACCUCGACGUGGACCUCACCGGCCAGUACGCCAUCAUCUCGGGGGGGAGCGCUGGCAUUGGGCGCGCGCUGGCAGAGGGCUUAGCCACACGGGGGGCUUCAGUGUGCAUCCUGUGCCGGAGCCAGGCCAAAGGAGAGGCGGCGGUGCGCGAAAUCGCCGCCAGUACCGGCAACCAGCGGCUGUCCUGCGAGGCAUGUGACGUGUCCAGCCUGGCUGCCGUGCGCGCGUUUGCUGCGGCGUACGUUGCGCGGGGCGUGCCGCUGCACCUGCUCGUGCACAACGCGGGGGUGAUGCUCCACGAGCGGCAGGUCACGCCCGAGGGCGUGGAGGCCAACUUCGCGACCAACACGCUGGGGCCGUACGCCCUGACGGAGCUGCUGCUGCCGCUGCUGGUACAGAGUGCGCCAGCUAAGGUGGUGAUGGUUUCUACGGGGGGCGUGCUGAGUGAGCCACUGGAGGUGGACGACGUCGAGUGGGCGCGCAGCGGCCGCUUCAACGGCACGCGCCAGUACGCGCGCAACAAGCGGCAGCAGCUCGCGCUCGUGGAGCACUGGAUGGAGGUGGCCCGCACCCCGGGCGUGGCCUUCUUGAGCAUGCACCCCGGGUGGGUGGACACCGCCACGCUGCGCCACGCCAUGCCCGCCUUCUACACCAGGUUCCGCAGCCGACUGCGAACAGCGGAGCAAGGUGCGGACACGAUCUUGUGGCUGGCGUGCGUUGCCAAGGCGAUGCUGGUGUCGGGGGAGUUUUACUUCGACCGCAACAUUGCGGCCAAGCACUUAACCGGAGCUGGCACCCAGUAUACACCAAAGCAGAGAGAGAAGCUGUUCGAGAAAGUCACGAGCAUUUACGAGCGGACCUUGACAGGCCUGACUGCGAAAGUUGCCGAAGCUACGUGAGAAUCUAAAAGGGCCGUUCGUGUAUGGUUAUAGUCUGGUGGCUUGUUGAUGCAACUUGCCCUGGAUUACGUGCGUGCCACAAACAUCCAGGUGCUGCAUGUUUUUUGCCAGUAUGUGGUAUACGAAAUCCUAUUUAAAAACUUAUGCAAGUUGUAUACGC